AUGACGGGAUUUUCAGACUCUCAGUGGCUGCCAAACCUUGAGGAUAGUUCAAGCUCUAGCGCUUUGUUUCCAGAUGUCGUCGAUCAGGCGGAGUUUCCGCAAACGCUCGGCUCUUCCGACUCUUUCUUCUUUUUCGACAGCCUUCUUGACAACAACAUUGAAGACUCAUCGCCGACGCUUCCUUUCGGAAUAAAGGAGAAUAGCCAGAAUGGAAAGGUCCCCAUACCUCGGACAUCUACCCCGACGGAGUGGAGUGAUAGAUGCCGAGUCAGUCAAGCAUGCAAGCCCUGCCAUGGUCUGAAGACCAAAUGUAGUGGUCAUCGACCAACGUGUCGGAGAUGCGAGGAAAUGCAGCUGGAUUGCAAUUACGGUGAUAGGAAGCGCGAGAGAACAGCAAGAAGGAUCGAGGACUUGAACGCUCACAUCGACAAGUUGGAAACCACGCUACGAGAUCUCUACCCAAGCCUUGGUACUCAGUCUGCUAGUCAAGUUGACCAAGCUCUACGCAGGACUCCGAACCAUGAGGUCUUGCAGACCUUUCCCGACCUCGCUGAACUCCACGACGAACAUGGAGAUCGAUUAGUUGCUCUUGAUCACGCAGAUGAGGACUUCAAUCGUGAUAGAAAGUUGCAAGAACUGGGAUUUAUGGGCGAGCACUCGGAGGUGGCUUGGCUAUACAGACUGAAGUCUACCCUCGCGCAAGAUGUCACUACAUUCCCCAUACCCGAAGAAGAGUCCAGCGGCCUGGCUAUUACAUCCAUGAAUUAUUACAGCACUGACGGGGAUGUGGAGAUACGACAUGAUGUGGGCAUUCUAGAAAGGCCCGAUAAAAGCGUGGCCGACAAACUCAUUCACACCUAUUUCCAAGCCAUCCAUCCAUCUUUCCCGCUGCUUGGCAAGACGACCUUCCUCGCUCAAUACCAGGUCUUCUAUGCAGACCCGGCUGUACGACCGGGGAGGCAAUGGUUGGCUGUCUUGAAUCUGAUCUUCGCCACUGCGGCGGUGCAUCUAUCCGGCUUACAAGUAGAAGGCGACCCAGGUAAUUAUUCACAUUUGGACUACUUUUCACGGGCGUGGAGGCUCAGUAUUGGCAAAACCUCUCUACAAGAGGAUCCUAAUCUUCAGCAAGUGCAGAUUGAACUCACCACCCGUCUCACAAAGAAUCUCGGAUCUAGGUCAUGGAGGUUUUGUGGUUUGGCUAUCCGCUCUGCGCUAGCUAUGGCGCUCAAUCUCCGGCUCGACAGUCAAAGGGUCGCUCCUUUAUCAAAGGAGGUCAGGUAUCGACUGUGGUGGACGUUGUAUACGUUGGACACCUCCCUAUCCGCGAUCACCGGACGUCCUCCAGGAAUAGGUGGAACUUAUAGCACAACACCGCUCCCUAUACCCUUUGAGGAGGGCAACCUAAAUAGCAGCCAUGUUUUGAAGUGUAUUGAAGACCGAACGGCUCGGAAGUCUCUGAUCAAGAGACUGCUCCGCUCAAAGGGGGACGGCGGUACAACGCAUCAGUCGAUGGAUAGAGAUGGUUCACGUUCCACAAAGCGACCACUCGACGAAACGAAUCCUCCGAUUGUUGCAGAGGCACCCCCACCCCCACCGAGUGACUCUUUGUGUUUCUUUUACACUACAAGCUUGAGCAUCAUCAUGCGCGAAGCUCUUGAUAGCAUCUACGCACCUUGUGCAGCUUACAAGUCGUGGGCCAAUAUCGAUACCAUGAUCUCCACGUUGAACAAAAAAGCUGAUACCUGGCUUGAUUCGCUUCCUCGUCCCUACCAUUUUCAAACCCCCAGCGAACUUGGUCCUCUCAAGCGUCAACGCCUGAAACUGGCGUUCCAGUUCUAUUCCACCAAAAUUUUCAUCACUCGUCCCUGUCUUCGUCGAUUCAUGGCUUCUUUGUCAAAAGCACCCGACGAUACGGAUGCAUCCUCCGGUUCCAUGAGAUUAAUAUGCAUUGAGGCAACUUGUCACCUUCUUGAUUUGCUGCCAGACGAACCAGACUUGGCUUGGCUGCAUGUUCACUGCGCAAGGUGGUCUGUCCUUCAUCAUCUCAUGCAAGCUAUCACAGUUGUCCUUACAGAUUCGUUCAUCUGUACCAAGAUGGGAACGACCAGCACCAGGCUCGUUCCGCCAAUCUUUCAAAAAGCCAGAGCCUGGCUCAAGGAGAUGUCUAGGGUGGAUUUGUCAGCGCACAAUGCUUGGACUCUCUCGUCAGACCUUAGGCACAUCAUCCCUUGGCACAUUAUCUAG